UGUGCUUUAUAAUACUCUUUGAUAGGUACUUAUCUGUGUAAAUUUGGUACCUAUAAAUUUUCAGUUAUAAAAUCGGGGGCAAAACUUUCAUCAAAUUUCUUUUCUUAUUAAAUUUGUUCACAGAUAACAAUGGCAGACCCAGGGAAGGGUCGAGGUCGAGGCUUGGCCUUGCUUAAGGCUCUUAAGUCCCAAAUGAUGGAAACUCAGUCACAAGCUGAACAGCCAGCCCCUGAACGCACCCCAACACCAAGUGUUGCCUCUAAUGUUGCACAAGCAAGUACAAGUGUCGGGGGGCGAGGAAAAAUGGCAGCUAUGUUACUUUCGAAAAUGCAGCAGAAGCCUGGAGAACCAACAUUUAGCCCAGCAUCAGAUGUAAGUCCAAGCGCACCUACGGGUAGGGGUGCUGGACGUGGCUUUGAACUUUUUAAAACUUUGAAAGGCUCGCAAUCUGCAAAACAAGCACCUGUCAAUGUUGAUAAAACUGUUGACGAUUUGUCAAAGAAAAUGUCUUCUUCAACUUUAUCAACUGAUCAGACUACAUUAGCAGGGAAAAAUAAAUAUUUUAGAGAAGUGAAAGAGACUCCACCGGUAGUUAAGAAAGGUGAAACUGGCACUCCCUGUGAAGUAACGGCUAAUUUCAUUUAUUUAAACUUUGAAGAGAACAAUGUUUUCGAAUAUGAAGUCAGAUAUGAUCCGGACCAGGAUUAUAAACAUUUACGAUUUAAACUGUUGAAUGAGCACAGUCACUUCUUCAAAGAGAAAACGUUUGAUGGUACAACAUUGUAUGUGCCACAUAUGCUACCAGAAGAAGCGCUUAAUUUAGUAUCAACUAACCCGUUUGACAAUAGUAAAGUUAAUAUUAGAAUACUCUUCCGUCGGACACGUCGUCUGAGUGAAAUGAUACAUAUAUACAACAUACUUUUCAAGCAAAUUAUGAAGGAUUUAGAGCUAGUUCGCUUUGGACGACAACAUUUUAACGAACACUCUGCUAUACAGAUACCGCAGUAUAAGUUGGAAGUUUGGCCAGGAUAUGUAACAGCGGUAGACGAAUAUGAAGGUGGUCUCAUGUUGACUUUAGAUACUACUCAUAGAGUUCUAAGGACACAAUCAGUGCUAUCCCUUAUUAAAGAGACCCUUAAAGCUGAAGGUUCUAAUUGGAAAAAAGCUUUAUCCAAUAAGCUAAUAGGAAGUUCGGUUAUGACUACUUAUAAUAAAAAACUUUUUAGAGUAGAUAGUAUUGAUGACACAAUGAAUCCAUUGUCAACGUUUGAAAAGAAUGAAAAGGGACAAGUAGUUCAAAUUAGCUAUAUGGAUUAUUAUAAGAAGAACUACGGGAUUGAUAUUAUGGAUACUGAGCAACCAAUGCUUAUAUCAAGAGAUACAAAACGUAUGCCGGGUUCAGAAAAACCUACAGACUUCUUGAUAUGCCUAGUACCAGAACUGUGUCAACUCACAGGGUUGACUGACGAUCAGAGAAGCAACUUUAGGCUUAUGAAAGAUGUGGCCACUUACACUCGUGUAACUCCAAACCAACGACAUGCAGCUUUUAAAAAGUAUAUCGAAAAUGUACUUAACAAUGAGACGGCCAGAAAUCGUCUCAAAGGAUGGGGUUUAAGUAUAGCCCCAGAGACAAUAAAUAUUACAGCCAGGACAUUACCACCGGAAACAUUGUAUUUUGGCAAUGAUGCUAAAGUACCAGGAAAGCCCAAUGCCGAUUGGAAUGCAGAUUGCACUAGAAAUCCCGUGAUGCAAGCCGUCGAUAUAAUAAGAUGGGUCGUACUAUAUACAGAUAGGGAUAAACAGGUUGCAACGGAUUUCAUUGAAACAAUAAAACGGUGUAGUGGUCCAAUGGGUAUAAGUGUAUCCAAACCAGACUUAGUCCGUUUGCCCAAUGAUCGUACGGACACAUAUGUUAUGGCCCUUAGAAAAUGUAUCACAUCUCAACUACAGUUAGUCGUCGCAAUCGCCCCCACUAUGAGAGAUGAUCGUUAUGCUGCUAUUAAAAAGAUCUGCUGUGCCGAUAACCCGGUGCCGUCUCAGGUUAUCAAUGCUAGAACACUUAUGAACAGCCAGAAAAUACGAUCAAUAACUCAAAAGAUUCUGUUACAAAUUAAUUGUAAACUUGGAGGUACUUUAUGGAACAUCAGUAUACCGUUAAAGACAGCCAUGGUCAUUGGUAUUGAUUCAUAUCACGACGCUAGCAGGAAAAGUAAUAGUGUUUGCUCUUUCAUAGCAUCGUACAAUCAAUCUAUGACCCACUGGUACUCAAAGGCCGUGUUCCAAGAACGGGGCCAGGAAAUUGUCGACAGUCUCAAGUCUUGCCUUGUGGACUCGCUGAAGCAUUAUUUAAGAGUAAAUGGCAGAUUACCCGAUCGGAUCAUUAUUUACAGAGACGGUGUUGGAGACGGUCAGCUAAAGCUCGUGCAAGACUAUGAGAUACCACAAAUGAAGAUUAGCUUCUCUCUAGUUGGAGAAACGUACAAACCGACACUAACAUAUGUAGUUGUUCAAAAGAGAAUAAAUACACGAAUAUUCUUGAAGACUGGGAGAGACUUGGGUAAUCCCAUGCCAGGAACAGUCGUCGAUCACGCUAUUACUAGGCGAGAUUGGUACGAUUUCUUAAUCGUAUCUCAGAAGGUGAACCAAGGCACGGUGACUCCCACCCACUAUGUAGUAGUCUAUGAUGAUAGCGGUAUGACUCCGGACCAAUGCCAACGACUGACAUAUAAGUUGUGUCAUUUGUACUACAACUGGCCGGGCACUGUAAGAGUACCGGCACCUUGCCAGUAUGCUCACAAGUUAGCUUCACUUGUGGGGCAGAGUGUACGUUCUCAGCCCAAUGAGGCACUUGCAGAUAAGCUGUACUUCCUAUAAUGGAUACUAACUGUACCUUACUACUCUCAAUAUAAGGUUUUAUCGCUGUUAUUGAUAACUUA